GAAGCCUCCUCCAUCUUUAUCCUGGACGUACCUGCCCUAACCGUCAAAAACGGCGGAAACAGUUGUUUACAGGCUGUGAAUUUACGGAUCCGCACGCACCAUGCCGAAAAUAACGAUUUUGAAGGUCGAGAGCCCGUCCAGCCUCUGGGGUCGGGUCAUUCAGGAUCCCAGCUGUGACGCCGAGACCACAAACCAGUACGACAGUCUGCUGGCUCAGAUGAACCUUUUCUACCAUGACGUCACUCAGGACCUGCGCAAGCUGAAGCCGCCAUCGUUAGAGGAGGGACAGGUGUGUGUGGUGUACUGGUCAGUGAUAAAGUCGUGGUGUCGGGCGUUGGUGGAGUCGAUCAUCAUGGACUCCAUGUCCUGUCAUGCUCGCUGCUUCCUGGUUGACCACGGAGAGCGACUCAUCGUCCCGUCAGACCAGAUCCGCGUCGCUGUGCAGACCUUCCUCCGGCUCCCGUUCUGGGUGAGAAAGUUCCACCUGGCGGGAAUCAAACCGAAAACCCUGCGAGUGUCUUUCCUUGAGGAGAAGGCGCAGCUCGUUCCGUCCACUAAGUGGGACAGCUCUGCUACCCUCUACCUGCACAGCCUGCUGCAAGCGUCGACUCUGGCUGAGGCCGUGUUGCUUGAGUCAGAGUCAGACUCCACCUCUGUUAAGCUCUACCUGACGGUACGAAACAUCAAGAUCUGUGUCAACGACGAUCUGGUGGCCAAGAAGUUUGCGUAUUACAGCAGAGAUUUAGCUGACAGCGACGUGCUGGAUGAGAUGGACAAAUACCCCGUCAUGCUGCCCUCCAGCAUCUUAACGCAGACUGUCUGCAAGACCUCAAACCAGCGGACAGCACAAACCCAAGCACCUCCGGGUAAACACACGGGCGUCACUUCCUCCGGAGCAGGUGAUUGGCUGGCGACUCUCAUGUCACAGCAGAGCCGACAGCACGAGCUGCAGACCUGUGAAGAAGGCAGCGGGUCAAAGGUCACAGACAAACAACUGUCCCCAGGCUGCCGCUCGCAGAACGGCUCAGACGCUGCUGCAGAAAGUGACUCGACGGAGGACACUGACUCGUCUCUGGCUGCAGCUCUGACUAAAAACCUCAGUCUGUUCAGGUUCCUAAAGUUUCUGAAUCCUGCCAGCAGCCUCCAGCAGGCGGCGCCCUCUGUCGGUCAGCAUAAAGAGCUAAAAGACUGUCGACCUGAAGAGACGACUGCAGCCUCCGGCUCCGGCUCAGGACAGGAAAUGAGCGCUGCCAACACAGCUUCAGCCGUUCAUGAGCCGGGAACACCACACAGGCAAACAUUGUUUGGUAUGAGCAGAGAAAGUGGAGCUGAAGGUCUCUGUGAGAGCGCUCAGGCUGAAUAUCUGGCAGAGGAAGAAACGAGCAGUUCGAGUCGAUCAGUGGAGUCAGGACCGGCGGAGAAGACGUGGAGGACUGAAGAGGACUGGGCCUGUUCACGCUUUUUGGAGUGGUUGAACCCGCAGCCUCUGAACCCCGAUCCAGACGCCGCAGACGACACGGUCGUUCCCAGAGAUCCCAGGAGCAGCGGGAUUCUGGUGCACUCUGCCUUCCCAGUUGAGCCCUGCAGCAGCCUGGAUGACGCCCCCCUUACGGACUCUCUUCGCUGGGUGUUGCGGAGGAAGCAGUACAGCUCUCUGUCUCCGGCUGACUGUUACAGCUGGCCAGCCGUGGCUCGAGGAUGCAACACCGCCAUCGUCUCCCAACACGCCAACCAGCCGCUCAGCUACCUCGGCCCGCUCCUCACACACAUCCUGCUCAACUCCAUCCACAUCUCCGUCUCCAGCACAGGGCCCGUAGCGGUGCUGCUGUGUCCGGGCUGGGAGAAGGUCCAGGCCGUGUACGACCUGCUGGAGGAGAUGAAGGUCACCUCAGUCCUGCACCCCAUCAGUGUGUUGCUGGGUAUCGGCAAAGAUGAGGCCAAGGCUGUCAGGAUCCCCAAAAACUGCCUGCUGUUAGUGACCACGCCCUUCAGUUUGGUCCGUCUGCUGUCCUGCCACUGCUUCCUGUUCCUGCGUCUGUACCACCUCGUCCUGGACGAGGCCGACCAGCUCUUUACUCUGGCUCCUGAUCAGAUGGCGACCAUCUUGCAGCACUUCCAGAAGGUGACGUCCAGCGAGGAGAAUGCGUAUUGUCCUCAGCAGCUCAUCGCUGUGGCAAAAAGAUGGACCAGUCACAUGGAGGGUUUAUUGGCCAAUCACAUGCCAUACCCCUGCGUCGUCAUGAGCAGCCCUGGGGAGGCUGCUCUGUACGGGAACGUUCAGCAGAUCAUCCUCAUGACUCUGGAGAGCAGUAAGGUCUCAGAGCUGUUGGGUGCGUUGGAUUUCAACCCCGGUGUCGGCCAGAAGACUCUGAUCAUAGCUAAUUCUGCUGGGGACGUUGAAGACGUGUUCAAGGCUGUGACCACCAAAUCAGCAUUCUGCCUCAAGACCCACGAGGGGUUAACACACCUGUUUGACUUUGUCGUCCAGCAGUGGGGGAAGGACAUCGGCCCCGGCACUCACGUUAUUCUGGUGACCACCACCGAGUGUCUCAAGUGUCUGGGAAUCAGAGACGCCACUUGUGUCGUCCACUACGGCUUCCCCACUUCCCCCAGAGUGUUUGGCGAGCGACUCUUCGGCAUGGUGGAGAACUUCAGAAACCUCUCUGAACGAGUUUCCUCCCAGGAUCAGACGGGGAGCUCUGUUCUCACCCGCUCGGUGCUGCUGAUCUCUGAGAGGAACGCCUGUCACGUGGUCAGGGUUCUGCGUUACCUGGAGCGAACCAACGCCUCGCUGCCCUCCGAGCUGCUGUCCUUCGCCCACGGCGUCCACGUGGCCCAAGAGGACCAGAAGACCGAUAAGCCUCUCUGCAGCUACCUCAAGAGCUUCGGAGUCUGCCGAGACAGCGGUGUGUGUCCCGACCGUCACAGAUUCGUUUCCCAGCUGGAUCAUUCGGAGCUUCCCGCCUCAGGAGUCAUAGAGGUUGUGCCUCUCUGCAUUAAGACGGCGUCAGUGUUCUACGGUCGGAUUGUCAAGAAGGAGGACGGAGGUUUUCAGAACAUGGCGUCUGAGAUGAACUCUUACUAUGCAGACAAGAAACCCGGAGCCGAGGAGGUGCUGGAGGGAGGCCUGUACGCCGUGCAGGAGGACGACGCCUUCCACAGGGUGAAGAUCCUGUCCGUCCCAGACCGAGGCGACUGUCUGUUUUUCAGCGUCUUUGUUGGGUUCAUUGAUGUGGGAAAGGAGGAGGAGGUCAAAUCCCAUCAGCUGCUGCAGCUCCCGCCGCAGUUCCACUCUCUGCCCGGCCAGGCCGUGCAGAUCGUCGUCUGUCAGGUCAAACCUGUCGACGCCGACACCGACUGGCACCCCAAGGUCACCAGAGCGAUCAGCCAGAAGAUCCGAGGUCUGCAGCACCGAGCAAGAGCCGUUUUUAGUCUGGGAAACACUGUUUUUGUUGAUCCCAUGGUGCGUGUGACGAAGGUGCCAGGAAUGAAAACUGUCAUCAAUGAGUACAGCGUGCAGGCGGAGAUCCUGAACUCUGGGAUGGGAGUCCGCAACCCGGAGCACCUGGACCUGCUGAGGGCGCUCUGCCGGGAGAGCGGCGAGGGGGCCGGUAUCGGCUCCAGGUCGGGAGACGGGCCGGCGUCUCUGCAGGUCAAAGCUGAAGCCGUCAGAGAGGCGGAGGUCACCCGGCUCGCUGACCUUCCUGAACUCGAACCGUGUGAGCCGCUCAGUCCAGAACCUGCAGUGAUCCAGUCUCUGGUCCCAGCAGCACCAGUACCACCAGCAGCCCAGAUCUCCCCGAUUCCAGCGUUUGAUCAGAACCAGAGAAACAGCCACACCGCUGAUCUCAGGUCAGCCGAGGAGAUGAUGAGGAUCAGAGAUGAAGAACUUCUCCCCUCGACCAGCCGGCCUGCUCCUCUGACGCCCGCUGAGAACGGUGUGUCUGCAGGUGACGAUCAAAGCAUCAGCCGACAGGUCAUCGGCGCUGAUGAGAUGAAUUGUGACGACUCCACUAAAAGUUUCCAUCCUCCGGUGCGUUGGUACCAGACGCCCGACGCGGUGACGGUGACGCUGAAGCUGAUGAACCCCGAGAGGCAGCGCUGUGAUUUCUACCCCGACAGAGUCGUCUACAGUGGCCGAGCAAACAGCCGCACCUACAGAGCCGACCUGCAGCUCCACGCCGACGUCGCUGCUGACCGCUGCCGCUGGGAGAUGAAGUCCAACGAGCCCGUCCUCAAACUGGUCAAACAGCAGCAGGGACACUGGGAGAGACUCCUCAGGAACAAGAAUAUUUUUGUGAGUUACGACAUGGAGCACAUUGAAGAGGAUGAAGACAGAACGCCGAACGGCCUGCUGCUGCUGUGGGAACCUUUCAACCUGCCCCUUAACUCGGCUGUAGCAGCCGGCGCCCGUUUGGCGGUCCCCAUCUACUACGACCAAGGCCGUGUCCAGGAUUUGAGGACAGUGGGGGCCCAGACCUCUGGAGGAACAAGAAAAAAUCGCCAAUCACUGGGCCCUGUGGGUUUCAAAGGCGGCGAGAUGCUCAUUUCUCCUCUCAGAGCGCUGAAUAAAGACGGGAGCAUUCACAGGAUCUGUGUGAACUGGCGGCGGCGGCGCGGUGGCGGCCUCGGCUCUCUGCUCGGAGGUGACCACACCGGCAACACAAACAGAAGCUCAGGGAAAACAGAUUGA